UUGAGCACAGAUUUUUAUUCUUUGAGGAUUUUUUUUCUUGAUUUCAUCUACCCUUAGCUUAAAACAAACUCUAAAGAGAGAACAGAGUGUGAAUAGCUGUAGAAAAGGACUGUUCUCCGUUUCAGAGCCAUGGAAGAAGUUUUAUCACCUUUACACACACCUUUCUGGUGUAUGGUUGUUUCUUCAGACAGAGGCUCUUUUCCUGGGUAGCUUCUUGUGACGUAUAACAGCGCCAGCAAUUUCCAUCUGCUGGACUAUGUUAACGCUAAUGAGCCAUCAUGCAAAGCAUCUCCCUUCAUCAGCUGUAAAGCAGCAGCCCUGCUUGCUGUCUCUGCACCAUCGCUAUUGUUCUGUGCAAACACUUUCUGCAGAAUGGCAGCUAUGAUUUUCCUGGAACGCUUCUUUUGAUCUUACAUUUUCUCUCCUUCCUACUCCAAGAGCUUUUCAGGGUAACAUUUCCAUCAGCUGUCCAACACUUAGGUGUUCUCCAAACUCCACUGUCCUCGUGGUAGCUCCAAAGCUCUCACUGACUGAAUGAUUACACAGACUAUUUGCACGGCUUAAUGAUGUAAAAGUGCACCCUCCCCAAAUUUACAUUAGGAAAGUUCUCUAGUAAGAAAGCACCUCCUCCAGCCCACACCCCAGCUCCCUCCACUGUUGUGUUGGCAACUAGUUCACAGCUCAAAGCUGUGCAGUUGGCUGUAACGUUUGUCCCUGGACAUCACUCUCAUGAUAGUCUGCUGCUCUUUCUAAACGAACAGACAGACACCUCUGUGUGCCAGAUACUUGCUUUUAAAACCUGUUUCCAGCUCUUAGGCUCUCCCUCUGUGCUUGGCAGUCAGUGCUCUCCCUGUGGGGUGGGGUGGAGGUGCCUCCCUCCUGCUGAGGAAGUUCAUUAACUCUUGUUGUCUUCUUGACUCCUCCUGAGGUCUGGACACACCUACAGUAUGCAUCAUGACCUACAUUCACAGUAAACAUUUUCACAGGUCCAUUUUAGAUCUUUCACUGGCUCUGAAGGUGGAGCAAUGCAGACUUAAACACCAAAGAAAUGCUGAGUUUUGUUUUCAGAAGGUUACAGGUAAUAGUUAAUGAAGGUGGAAGAAAAGAGAUAUUAUUGCUGCAAUGCCUUUUUCUUGUGGUAAGAUGACUAUGCUGUUAAAAGGAAAAUGAAAACAGCAUUUCAUCCAAGGCAACAAACAGCAGAGCUAGUGUUCUACAACAGCUGUUUUCAGACUUAAUGAGAUAUAACUCAUCCUUAAUUUUCUUGUUCAGAGUAUCUGUUUAGUGUUUCUCCUCUGUUUUGCCCAUUUGUAUUAGGUGUCUAUACAAAACACUUCUGGACUUCAGGGUAAACCAAAUGUCUCAGUAUGAAACGUGAACUUUUUAUUUCAACAUCACAGGUUCCUUCCACAGAGCACCAGUCAGAAACAUGGAGAAGUGUUUAUUAUCGCUGUGCUUUUCAAGCUAGGUAAAAGAAAGAAACAUCUGCAUUUGCUACACGUGGCACCUUCAACAUAUUCAGCAACUUGACUUUUCAGCUCUUCCAAGCCACCGCAGCAAUCCGUCUGAGGCUAAGCCUGUUUUCUUAGGGGCUGAGUUCAUUCCCAUUGUCUGGCACUUGCUGCGAGCUAAGAUGGUUUGCGCAGACAAUUGCUGCAACUCUGGUGAGCCACAGCGACUUGUUACACCCCGGUAACUUCUCCUAGUGCCUGAGCCCCGGCUUCUCAUGCAAAGUCUGUGUCUGGCUCAUGACUGAGGGAGAGUCAGCGUGCGGUCUGCAUCCUUGGCACAGGACUGAGAAGGAGCGCCUGCUGUGCCAUGGCUUUCUGCGGGCGGUGGGCACAAUCAGCUGGCUGUGCGCUCACCCACCUUUGCAGCUGAGAGGAGCUCUGGCAGCUUGCUGUGGACCCAGCCCCAGCUUGUCCCAAAGCAGGCUGAAAGCUAAAGCCAGCCAGGCCUGCGUUGUGGGAGACAUGAGGGCUUUCUCUCCAUACUCUGGCUGGGUAUUUUCCCCUAAAUAACGUAUCUUUCUGGAACACAGGCCACAACUACUUAUCUCUGCGUCUGCAAACAAUCAGCUGCUGGCUUCACAAUGAGCUCCAUUUCCAGACCAAUUACUGAGUUUUGCCUUGAUCUCUAUGAUAAAUUCAACAAAACAACAGAAGGCCAAAACAUCCUUUUCUCUCCAACAAGCAUCUCUAUCGCCCUUGCCCUGAUCCAUCUAGGGACAAGAAACAACACUGCCGCUCAGAUAGAAAAAGUGCUCCACUUCAGCAGUGCUGCGGGAAGAACGGGCCUUGGAUCUGAGCUUGAGAGUGCAGCCCCGGAAAACAAGCCAGAACGAAGCCAGGAAGGACGGUCUUCCCUCUCCUCCCAGUGUAACACAGAUGGGAAUCUUAACCACGAAGCAUUCCAUGCACUGCUUCUACAACUACAAAACCUUGGCAAAAGCUACGUGUUAAGCCUGGCCAGCAAUCUCUUUAUACAAGAAAAAUUCGAACUGAAGCAGAAAUAUCUAAUGUGCAGUAAGAAACUGUAUGGAGCAGAGCUGCAAACAGUGGACUUUCAAAGGGAUCUUGAAGCAGCCAUACUAAAAAUUAAUGCUUGGGUUGAAAAUAAGACACAAGGUAAAAUCAAGGAACUCUUUGCUUCUGGAAUGAUUGAUAUGAAUGCACUUCUGGUGCUGGUGAAUGUAAUCUACUUCAAAGCAUCCUGGGAACACAAGUUUGAGGGAAAAAAUACAGUUCAGAGAGAUUUUAAACUGAAUCAGAAUGAGAGCAAGCCUGUGCAGAUGAUGUAUCAGAAAGGUACGUUUAAAUUAGGUUAUAUCGAAGAGCUGGGAACUCAGGUGCUUGAACUGCCUUACGCUCAGAAGUUACUGAGCAUGAUCAUCCUGCUGCCAGGAGACAUGGCUGAUGGAUCUGCUGGUGGGCUGGAACAGAUUGAAAGCACAAUGACCUAUGAAAAUUUAAUGCUGUGGUCUUCUUCAGAGCAUAUGUUUGAGACAACAGUGGAGGUGUACCUCCCCCGUUUCAAGCUCGAAGGCACCUUUGACCUCAAUGAGGUAUUAAAAGCGAUGGGAAUGACUGACAUCUUCACUGAAAAAGCUGAUCUUUCUGCGUUGUCACCUGUGAAAUCUCUGGUGCUGUCAACUGUUGUCCAUAAGACGUAUGUGGAAGUCAAUGAGGAAGGCACCGUAGCAGCUGCUGCUACAGGAGCGGUCAUUGUGAGGAGGUCUCUUCCCCUCACAGAGGUGUUUAUGGCUGACCACCCUUUCUUAUUCUUUAUUAGGCACAAUCCCACCAAUACUAUUCUUUUCUUUGGUAAACUCUGCUCACCUUAAAAUCAGGGCCAUUUUCUAACAUUGCAAGAAACACCUGGAUGAAAAUCAGAAAUACUGUUUUUUCCCCAAUGUGUUCUUAAUCUUAUGACAGCUAGCUUGUAUUUCAAAGUAAUUACUGCAACCAGUUUAUCUUAGAACUGUCAAUUAGAUGCUCUACUGCUACUCUUAAUGAAUGGCAAAUAUUGAUCUGAAUCCAGAGUAAGAAUAAAUUUUCCCUUAACCUCACUGGAUAUCAAGAACAAUUUGUUCGCAUAUGUUCGCAAUAAGUCCGCAUAUGCUCCUGUAUAUGUUAGAGUUCUUCAGCACAGCCAUGUGGUGUAGUACAGCACCUGCCUGGCAAAGGUGGAAUUGGUAUGCUGCUCCCUGAGAAUUGUUUGUAAUGAUUAUCAGUAACUGCCAUUAAAAACAGAGUAGCUUUGCUCUAUAUUUUUUGAUUCCUGGCCUGGUGGGUCCUGGCAAGCAGAGAGGUGUUUUGGAGAUGCUUUUUCCUAUCUACACACUUUUUCGUUAUUUACACUGUGGUGAAUCCUUUGCACAGUGGAGAUCUCACCUUGAUAACUACCUUUCCACAACAGUUACAAACAAGUAAGAGAUACUUAUUUACAGCAAAUAUACGUAUUUACUGAUAACUGUACCACUUUCUCUCCUGUGAUGUAUGCUGGAUCUAUCUUUGUGCUAUUCUGUGCUAUAUAAAAUGAUAUGCUAGAA